CCCAUGGCUCCAUAUAUGCCCUGUUGUUUCAGGUCUGACCGUCCGAGGCAGCUGACUGACGACGUGCACCUUCUCGCGCUUGUUGCUCUUGUUCCUGGCUUAGUACCUGGCCCCUCCAUCGCGUCCCACCUUCGCCACCUCUACCCUCCACCAUCACCCCCGACUAACCUCGCCCGGCCUGUCCUUAGCUGCCCUCGUCAUCUCUGUCUGCCGGUUGAAAUGAUCAUCCAAAAGCCCCUCUAA